AUGAAUAGUCUUUGGCCUGCAGCACGCAGUUCGUGCUUACAAACUUGGGUCACUCUACAAACAUGUAGUACAAUUGAUGGUUUAGCCUCGAGGCUCGCUCAUGGAGCUAUACGACCAUAUUCGAUAUCCUCGACGCCUUUUCGAAGGAGGGGUAUAGGCGCAGGGAGACUAGAAAUUGAAAACCGUGGCUGGUCAGGAGCACUAGGGUUACGAUGCUCGAAGAGGUUUUAUGCCUCGAAACGAAGGGCUUCAAGGAUUCCAAAGAAUUCGACAUUGUCCAGGGAAUUGCCUUCGAAGAAAUUAUCUCCAAAAGCUACGCUUGGAAAGCCAAUAUAUACAAGAUAUGAGCAACUACCAGCAGACUAUGAAGAUCAAAUGGGUCUUGAUUAUCGAGAGGAUCCAAUUACAGAGGAGGAAAUCCAGGCGAUUUUCGGACGUGUAAUGGAUAUAGAUUCGGCAGAACGAUUUUUGAGAGUUAUACAUGGACGAAGAGUAGCGGGAACGCUACCAGAUCCGGAAGAACCUAGUUCCUUAGCAUACUGGGAGGAAGUUGCACAGAAAAACGCAUUAGCAUGGUUAAGAAAGAAUGUUCCAGUGGAUGAGGACGAGAACGCAACAUUGCGAGCCGAACAAGAACUAGCCGAGAUUGAGGGGGAAAUCGUUUCAGACUCUAAAAGAAUUGGGAUAUAUGUGCCUAAUGUUGGAGGUGGUGUGACGAGAGGGGGAAGAAUCAAUCUCAAUAUGUACAAGCCAAAUGAUUCGAAUGCGCCAGCAGAAGAGAAAAAAAGUGUAUAUGGUGAUAGUGGAUUAGAUGCCAUCAGGAAAGCCAAUCAAGCAAAAGCUGCCGCUUUAGAAAAGAAGAAGAAGCAAGAAGAGUUGAGCCAAGCAGAUGAGAUACGAUACAAUACUGGCACAUUAGAUCACGUCAAACCAAGAUCACGAGUAGAACUUCGUCGAAAAGGUGAACAUCCUUGGCUCAAACACUUUGAGAAAAAGGCUCAAGAAACUGUACCUGAGGUUAUUCCCGAAUUUUCUGCCUUUACUCGUCUUUGGCCUUCGGCUCUAGUUGUUCUCUUGACAGUGGGUGUCUCGUGUACAUUGGCACAUUUCUACAUACCCCCUCUCCGAGACUCUCGCAUGUUUCCAGAAAUUCCACCCGCGGUUGUCACAGUCUCUGCACUCAUCCUGGCUAACACUAUGGUGCUUUUCCUCUGGCGUGUGCCACCUUGUUGGACAAUGCUCAACAAAUACUUUAUGAUUAUCCCCGCCUACCCUCGAGCAUUAUCAAUGAUUGGGGGUGUCUUUUCUCAUCAAGCCUUCACUCAUUUCCUCCCGAACAUGGUUUUUCUUGCCAUUUUUGGAGUUGAUCUUCAUGAUGAAGUUGGUCGCGCCAAUUUUCUCGCCCUGUAUUUCUCGAUAGGUGCUGUAUGUUCUUUUGCUUCAAUGGCAGGAUGGGUAUGGAAAAGUGCUUUUAUUUCAUCAGGUCUUGGUGCUUCCGGUGCGGUAUGUGGUGUUAUGGCUGCAGACUUGUGGUAUAAAAGAGACAAGGGUAUCAGCUUUUUUGGGCUCACUCCAUCGAUCCCCUCAUGGGUAGCACUAGUAAUGCUAUUUGGGUCGGAAGUCUUGGCUUGGAGGAGAGCGAGCAGCGCUGCGGGCAAACAAAUCUUGGAUUAUCAAUCGCAUGUUACGGGAUAUGUUGGGGGCAUGGCUGGUGCAGAAGUGAUUCGAUGGAGGGAUAGAAUCAGGAAGAGACAAGCUGAGGAGAGGAAGAUGCAGAUUGAGAAGGUGUUGAAGUGA